GCGAGUGUGAAACGUCUCAGGUGGAAAAACUAAAACUAAAACACAAGAAGCGGUCGAGAUGCCGAGGCGAACUGCGCAGGAGUGGAUCCGGACGUCGAUGCGGACGCCGGGCAUCCUGAUCUUCGGGAUGGUGAUGGCUCCCUGCGGCUGGAUCCUGGAUCUCACCUCCACCGUGGCCCCCAACUGGAGGACCCUGCACAGCGUCCAGGGUCAGGCGAGCGACGUGAUCAUCCAGCAGGGCAUCUGGGACAUCUGCAAGGCUUCCGAGAUCGACCGGGUGAUCGAGUGCAACCAGGUCGACACGGCUUACUUCAACAACCAGAUCAUCGAGGUGGCCCAGGGGCUGAUGGUGGCCUCCCUCAUCGUGACGCUGAUUGGCAUUGCCGUGGCCAUCCCGGGCGUCCGCUGCUGGAAAGACCGGCCCCAGUGGGUCGUGGCCGGGCUGGGCGGGCUGCUCAUCUUCCUCUCGGGCGUCAUGACCAUCAUCCCCAUCGCCUGGUACACGCACAUCCUGCCCAACGUCACCACGACCACCACCUCCACGGACAUACGCGUCGGCUUCUGCAUCGUCCUGGGCUACAUCGGCGGCAUUUUCGAGAUCCUGGGCGGCUUCGUCAUGUUCAUCGGCAUCUGCCGCUGCUGCGGAGGCAAGAACCGGGGAGAGAAGCCGAUCGAGGAGGUGAUGGGCGCCCAGUUCAGGCACCAAAAGCCGCCGUCGAGGCGCGUCGAGGUGCCAAGUCUCAACCGGACCCGGAGCUCCGCCAGCAGCGUCCCGUACUCCAAGGACUCCAUGGAGGAUGAUGUGUCCUUCCCCCGGGCCAAGAGCCCCGCAGCCCGGUCAGUCAACACCUCCUACAGCGGCAGACCCUACGAUGCGGACCUGUGAGAGGCAAGACGCGGGGGAGUUGUGGGCGCCUCUGACUGACAGGAUGCAGGGACAGAAUCGGGAAAAGUAAAUUUCCUCCAUGAGAAAAAGAGCUACAGUAACCCUAACACAUAUCCUAGUAGCCCAUAGACUUUAAACUAAACGAUAUCCGAUAAUAAUAAAAUCAAACACAAAAUACCAUAAAGUGCUAUAAAGUCACAAUAAGUUUACUAUUUAAUGAUAUAGGAAUAUUGUGAAGUAUUAUAGUGAUACUAUAAGAAGGAAAAAUGUCAUGAAGGUCAUAAUUAAAUCACUACUAAGGACUAUUGAGUCACUUUAAGUCCCUGUAGGAAUAUCAUAAUGUUACAGUGGGGCUGUAGCCUAAUGAAUGAUGAUGUGUUAGAUGGUGUGUGAGCCACAGAGGCUGCUGUUACAAACUGGCAUCCUUUAAUGAAGCAAAUCAGCCAACACAGUGGAUGCAGUGUGUGUGUGUGUGUGUGUGUGUGUGUGUGGCUCCUGCUGUAUAAGAUGAUGAUUCAUCAUGACUUAAUUAUAGCGCCUUAUAGAUGUAUGACUCUGGCUGUGUGAAGGAAACAUGAGGAAAUGGAAGGAUGUGAGAGAGAACGAUGACACUGUUUAAUAGAAAUGAAAAGCUGAUUUUUUAGAUUCAGCAGGUUGAAGCUGAUCUCCAUUUGUAAAUAGGCCUCAUCAUAAGUUUACUUUGUUCCACUUUUUUGUAUUUUUCUUUUCUUUUCUUUUUUUUUUUUAAAAUGUAAAUACUUUUUCCUGUGCACUUUACACUCCUGUAGGACAGCAGGCCGCCUGUCAAAAAGCACCAGGAGGUGAACGGUGCAGCCCCUCGUUACUCUGUGAUAAAAGUGCUGUUUGAAUUAUUAAAUGUGAGCUGUAUUUAUG